AUGGAAGAUAAAAUAAGAUUGGCACUAGGCAUUGCAGGAAAUGUCACUUCUGUGCUACUUUAUUCAUCACCCAUAUUAACUUUUAAAAGGGUCAUAGGGAAGAAAAGCACUGAGGAAUUUUCCUGUGUCCCUUACAUUGUUACUUUAUGUACAGUUCUUCUGUACUUUUGGUAUGGGUUGCCUAUUGUGAGCUACAAAUGGGAAAAUAUCACAGUAGUCACUAUUUCUGGUGUAGGGAUACUUCUUCAGUCCACCUUCAUUCUCAUUUAUAUUUGGUUUUCUUCUCCAAGGAGAAAGAGAAUGGUUAUUUUGAUGGUGGUGACUGUGAUCAUAAUUAUCUCCAUCACCACAUUAGUCUCCACAUUUGAAUGGCAUGAUCACCAUCACCGGAAGCUUUUCGUAGGGAGCAUUGGACUAAUGGUUAAUACAGGGAUGUAUGGUUCUCCAUUGAUUGUUGUGAAACAAGUGGUGCAGACAAAGAGCGUGGAAUUCAUGCCAUUCUAUUUAUCCUUGUUCUCAUUACUCAACAGUUCACUCUGGGGGCCAUAUGGACUAUUGGGUCAUGAUCUUUUCAUUGCGAUCCCAAAUCUAUUGGGUGUGCUCUUAAGUCUCUUCCAACUUGUGCUGUACUGCAUCUACCGGGAAAGGAAAAUUCACAAAGAACUAAGUGAUACAGAUCUAGAGAUGAAUGCCAAGAAAGCUGUUCCAGAAACCAGUGAUCAACAAAGGAUACAAAUGUAUACAGGUACACCCAGCUCCUAUGUUCAAAUAAUGGACAGGGAUGCAUAA